CUUACAAUAAUAAACUAAGAAAAAAAUCCCAUUAAGCAAAAAAAAAAAAUCUUCUGGUUUUCUCCGUCUUCUUCCAAAGGUUUCUCCAGCCAUGAAACCCCUCUCCAAAAUCACCAAAACCCAUCACGUACUACUUAUUUUCUUGGCGAUUUUCGCAAUUUCCGCGAAGGUACAAGCAUUUAAAGCACCGUUUCGCGCCAAGGACGUACUGCCGCUGCUUCCGCGGCAAGUUUCAUGGCCUAUUAUGAAGACUCUCAACAACGCGGCGGACCUCAUGCCGUCUUUCGUCGGAGCGGCCACCGCCGAGAACAAUUCGAUUCUGCAGUGGAAGGGCGCGUGCUUCUACAACAACACUGCUUGGUUGGAGUUUCACAAUAACAGCGGGACUGAAUUUGGGGGUGGUACUCUUCAUAUCCAGGUUAGCAAAGCACACAGUUGGACAUGUAUGGAUAUUUACGUAUUUGCCACCCCGUUUCGCGUAACAUGGGAUUACUACAUCCUCUCUCGAGAACACACCAUCGAAUUCAAAGAAUGGGAAUCCGAAGCCGAACUCGAAUAUGUGAAAAACAGAGGGGUUUCGGUUUUUCUCAUGCAAGCAGGAAUGUUGGGAACACUUCAAGCAUUAUGGGAGGUGUUCCCUUUAUUUACGAAUACGGGCUGGGGCGAAAAUUCGAAUAUCGCGUUCUUGAAAAAGCACAUGGGCGCUUCGUUUGAGGAAAGACCUCAGCCGUGGGUAACUAAUAUUACCGCUGACCAAAUCCACUCUGGCGAUUUUAUUGCAUUGUCGAAAAUACGAGGUAGAUGGGGUGGUUUCGAGACAUUGGAAAAGUGGGUGACUGGAGCUUAUGCAGGCCAUACAGCUGUAUGCUUGAGGGAUGACAAAGGGAAUCUUUGGGUUGCAGAAUCGGGACAUGAAAACGAGCAGGGAGAAGAUGUAAUUGCAAUUUUACCAUGGGACGAGUGGUGGGAAUUCGAGCUGACAAAAGACGACUCGAAUCCGCACAUAGCGUUACUUCCUCUGCACCCUGAUAUUCGAGCCAAGUUCAACGAAACCGCUGCAUGGGAAUACGCGAAAAGCAUGGAGGGAAAACCCUACGGUUAUCAUAACUUAAUAUUUAGCUGGAUCGACACCAUUGAUGGAAAUUAUCCGGAACCUCUUGAUGCUCAUUUGGUUGCUUCUGUAAUGACGGUUUGGACUCAGAUGCAGCCCGCGUACGCGGGUAACAUGUGGAACGAAGCACUGAAUAAACGGCUCGGAACCCAGAACUUUAGUCUUUCUCAAGUCCUAGUCGAAGUGGAGAAACGGGGAUCAUCUUUUGGUGCAUUAUUGGCUGCUCCGGAACAAGAUAAUUGGGUUUAUGCCGACGGAAAAUCAGCCUCGUGUGUCGUUUUCGUCUUCGAAAUGUAUAAAGAGGCUGGAUUGUUCGGUAAACUUGGUUCUUCUAUUCAGGCCUCUGAAUUCACAAUAAAAGAUGCUUACUCUCUCAAGUUCUUUGAGAACAAUGUGAAAGCCACCGCCGGCGACACUCACCUCGGCGGCGAAGACUUUGACCACCGCCUGGUCAACCACUUCGUCUCCGAAUUCCGGCGAAAGAACAAAAGGGACAUAAGCGGGAACGCCAGAGCUCUAAGGAGACUCAGAACCGCCUGCGAAAGAGCGAAAAGAACCCUCUCCUCCACCACGCAAACGACAGUCGAAGUCGAUUCGUUAUUCGAAGGUAUCGAUUUCUACGCCACCAUUACUAGAGCGAGAUUCGAAGAACUAUGUAUGGACAUGUUCGUGAGGUGUAUGGAGCCCGUCGAAAAGUGCUUACGGGAUAAGAAAAUCCAUAAAUCUACGGUGCACGAGGUGGUUCUCGUCGGCGGCUCCACCCGAAUCCCGAAAGUCCAGCAGCUGCUGCAAGACUGCUUCAAUGGUGGUGCCAUGGUGGUCUACGGGAUGAGUGGAUGACAACUC